GAGUGCGGAACCGGCGCAUCCCUCCCGGGGAAGCCAGUCUGGUUCCACAAGGGAGGGCAGGACAAGGAGGAAGGCUUCGCCCGCCGGGGGCUGAGCGCUCUUUCCCUCUAGUGUCCUUAGCUGCCCCCGUUCCCAGCACCCGCCGUUCAUUUGCCGCCUUCCAACGCGUGACCCCGGCGCGCUCGCGUCCUGAGCCGGUGACAGGCGCGGGGUGCGCCGAGAGGUCCCAUGUGCCCCCUCCCUCUCCUGGCUGCCGCAGUCGCCGCGUCCCGAAUCCCGCUCCGGCUCCUCGGCAGAGGACUUGCCACCGCCGCCGCCAUGUCUGCCGCCGGGCGACUCAAAACCGUGGACUACGAAGUGUUCGGGAGAGUGCAGGGUGUUUGCUUCAGAAUGUACACAGAAGGUGAAGCUAAGAAAAUAGGAGUGGUUGGCUGGGUGAAGAAUACCAGCAAAGGCACUGUGACAGGCCAAGUGCAAGGCCCCGAAGAGAAAGUCGAUUCCAUGAUGUCCUGGCUGUGCAAAGUUGGAAGUCCUAGCUCUCGCAUUGACCGCACGAACUUUUCUAAUGAAAAAUUCAUUUCUAAGCUUGACUACUCAGAUUUUAGUAUUCGAUACUAAUAGAAGAGAAAUAAAAAUUUUAAUGCUUAUAAUGCACAACACUAGAUAUUCUUAAGUCUGUAUUAGAAUAUUAAUAGAGUGAGUUCAAAAAGGAACUUUCUGUUCUGAAAGGUACAACAGAAUGUGUUACUAAAAAUGUCUGACACGAAUAGUUUUACUCAACUAUGUUUUUAAAAAGUAAAAACUUCACAUUACAAAACAUUUAAUAUGCAUAUUUAAACUUGCUAAUGGAAUCUUUAAGUCUAAUGAAUGUUCUAGCAAACAUGUUAUUUGGCUAGGCUUAAAAUAAAGCUAACCAUUUAA